AAAGUGGGCUGUUUAUGAAGCUAAUAAGUACAGCCCAUUAAGAACACUUGAACCCCGUUGUCUUCAGCACUUGAUAGGGCUCCGGUGUCAUCUCUCUCCAGUCUGAUUAGCUGCGGCCAUCAUCACCGGCGGUUUCACCGGAAUGGCCGAGAAAGAUAAAGGGCCAAUUAUUGGGCUUUCAUGGCAGCCAAAGUUGCCGACUUUAUCGUCGUCUACAACAAAAAAUAUCAAGAACUCAGUUGAGCCUGAAAGCAGCAGUGCACUUUGGAAAACCAAUUCACAGCUUGUUGAUGUCUUAUUUGUGCCACCCAAUGAUCCCAUUAAGUUAAACAAGUUACUUAAAAGCCAACGCAAAGACACACUAGGCAAGGAUUGGUUUGAUAUGCCUGCCUCAACUAUAACUCCAGAGUUGAAAAGGGAUCUCCAGCUGCUUAAGCUAAGGAGUGCUAUUGAUCCGAAGAGACACUACAAGAGGGGUGAUUCAAAGUCAAAAGAGCUACCUAAAUAUUUCCAGGUGGGCACAGUUGUAGAAUCUGCAACAGAUUUCUACUCUGGUAGGCUAACUAAGAAGGAGAGGAAAGUAACCAUUGCAGAUAAACUGCUUUAUGAUCAAACUUUCAGUGCUUACAGGAAGCGUAAGGUUCGAGAGAUUGAGGAAAAGAAUCGCCCAGGUGGAAAUGAUAAAUGGAAGAUAAAGGGUAAACAAUCCUGGAAACGUGCCAAGGAAAGAAGACACUAAAAUUUAUGUACUAUAGUUUUACAAUUUACAUCUUCAGAGGGACUUAAAUAUGAUGGAUAGUGUCAGAAAGAUUGUUGGAGCACAGCAGAAUGAACUUUAUUCUCAGAAAUUCACAGAAAAAGGACAGAUUUGAAAUAUGCUUACCAGAGCUAUGCAUUGCUAUAAACUUUUCUCAGCUGUUGUUAUGUGGCUGUAUCGUAUAAAUUCCAUGUAGGCUAAUCAUUUGAAUGGCAAGAAACCGUUAUAUUGAGUUUAA